AGUAGUGACCAGCCAUGAGUUUACAGUUAGCCAUAUUUCGAAUUGAAAACUUUGCUAUCUAUAAAUAAUCAUUUUAAACCAGCUGUGAGGUAAUGAUUAGUCAGUGUUACAUUUCUAUGUAGAGCCAUCUGUAAAUCAUAGAUAAUGGCCAGCUAUCAGUUUGUGGUGAGUCGUCUUUUGACUUGAAAACGACGCCAUUUAUAUAUAAUUAUUUAAUGUAAUGGAAGUAAUGUUUUAUAUUAUCUUCUUAUUUAAAUGAUGGUUUUCUAAAUAAUGAGUUAUUGAACCUGCUGAUUGUUAACAACAUAAUUGAAAUGACACAUUUGCAUGAACUGCGUGGUUUUAAUAAAGAUCAAUUUUUAUUCUAUUGCCCGUCCCGGAUGACUAAUUUGACGUACACUGGCUUGUUGAUCUAUUAAUACAGAUGUGGCACGACACAUUAAUAUCAAUCAUGAGCCUCUUGAUAACUUAUUAAUAGCUCCGAUAGAAGUUAAUUUCAAACGCACAACUGCUUUAGCUACCAUGGCAACUAAUUUCUACUGUAUAGCCCCGCGGAUUUGUUGAUUUGCAGGUUUAUUUUUUAAAAUCUGAAUAGAUUAUUAUUGCGUUUUUUCAAAUAGUGUAAGCCUUGAUCAUUCUAGUGUUAUCUCUGGAUGUACUUUCUGGAUGUAUUUGAUGACGGAUCACUCUACAUUGAGUUUCGACAAAAUACCGAUACGUUUGGUGAGAUGAUAAAAACAUUCAAGUCAAAAAAAGAUUAAUCCACAAUUUUGAAAUGCAAUGUGAUGAUUAGUUACGUUAAAACUUUUGGGGAAGCUCAUAAUGAUAUCAAAUCAGUUGGAAAUGGAUCGAAGCACGAAAACAAACGAGUGACUUUUCUGAUGGAAGCAGUCUAGGUGGUUCUCCUACAGGCACAUUUGAAAAUGAAACCCCGAAACUAGUCAAUACUUGUCUGUUACAUUUACCAGAGCCAGUGCAUUGACUCCCCUUCUCUCUUUUUCUACACAAAACAUCAAGAAGUAUAGCCAUGAAAAAUAGAUAACUAUUAUUUUAUCUAUUCUUUAUGGUUAUAGCAUAAAAAAAUAGAAGAGAGCAGCUCAAGGGAUCUUACCAUACUCUAGCGCAGUCUGACGCAAGGUUCUGAAACAAUAAUCUGAUGCAAUAAUUGUUUUAUUGUUGCGCAUCAAAUCUGUUUCAAACUUGUGCAAUAUUUCAAUACCAAAACAACACAACUCAUUACAAUUUAUCCUGUACUGGCUAUUGGACGUGUUUACAUAAAAUAUUUUUAAAGCUCCAUAAUUAACCAGGUUUAUCGAAGAGUCAUUAAUGCCUCUCAAUAUGGGACCGAUCAAAAAGCUGUUUUAUGUCAUUAAAUUCGUAGAAGUGCCAUCUUGGGAAGAAGACGAAUAUCAUGUGGUACCAUCGUCGUGGGUUUUGUCACGUUCACAUGAGGAAACAGAAGCAGCAUUCCCAAUGCUUAGAAAAACGAAGUUACUGAAGUAUAUUACAAACAGGAAGCUGCCUAAUAAGAGAUGGCCGGUAUUUCGAGUGACUACCGAAUUCAAAACUAAUGUAUAUGAUGACGCACUACUCUAUAUUCAGUUCCGACAAAAUACCAAUACGGUUGAUGAUUUAAUGCAAUUGUUGAAGCCGAAGAAGGAAUCAUCUGCGUUUCGGAAAUGCAGUGUGAUGAAUAGUAACGUUAGAACUUUUGGAGAAGCUUAUAACGACUUGAAAUCGACAGGAAAAGAAUCAAAGUUACUAAAAGAAACGAGUUACUUGUCUGAUGAAAGCAGUCUUAGUAAUUCUUCUUCAGUAACAUGUGCAAAUGAAACCUCGAAAGUAGCCAAUACUAAUCUAUCAUAUCAACCAAUGCCGGUGAAUAAAAUUAAAGCAAUGGCAUUGGAGCAUGAACUUUUGUUUAAAAUGCGCGAGAACAUGAGCGAAGCUGCUAAAUUACUGGAGGUGUUCACGGCUCUUAGAAGUGGUGUUGAUUGA